UGAUGCCUCUGCAGCCCACAGACGGAGCGAUACUGGAAGAUACUACAGUGUACGGGACCUUACCAUCCAAGUGACGUCCUGUGUGAUCAAACCCUGACUUGUAAUAAUCGUGAGGCAAAGAAGGCAGUUUCAGCGAAAUUCAGAGGAUUUACUCUCGAGGUGAUUCCCGGAAGGACAGUCUGCUGUGUUGACAAGGUGGGGAAAUGUGCACGCACAGAGGAGGAGGAGGAGUCUGGAAUUAAGCACAGGAGAGAAAAGAUGCCGAAGAUGAAACAAUAAAGAAGCACUAGUUUUGGGGCCUGUGCAGACUUCCCGCGGCAGCAGUUGGAUGUGCACGUCAACCCGGCCACGAUGACAAUGAAAGGCCUGUCCAGCAGCCGUAGUCACCCCCACGCGGUGACCUGCGACCCCUCUUACGACUCCAUGACCCUUGGCCACGCGGAUCGUCGGUCCUACUUCCUCAACCCCGGGGAAUCUCAUCCUGCUGACCACUCCUGCUACACCCAACGCAACUCCUUCCAGUCUGAGUGCAAUGCCUAUCCUGACCUGGCCAGCUGCACCUUCCCUCGCAGACAUUACAGCUCCCACCAUGAGCUGAAGGAGGAGUGUGGCGCUGUGGUGCCUUAUACAGGGCCAACAGGGAGCAGUAAGGGAAGCGGAGGAGGUGGAGCAAACAACAACCGCAUCCCAUCUAACCUGCUAGAGCAGUUUGAGCGCCAGGCACCGGUGCGGCGUGAAGGCUACCACACGCUGCAGUACAAGCGCACCGCGGUAGAGCACCAACGCAGCGACAGCCCCGGUCGGAUCCGCCACCUCGUUCACUCUGUCCAGAAGCUUUUCACCAAGUCCCACUCCUUGGAGGGGCCCUCGGGGUCUGGUGGAGGAGGGAGCGGGAGGAUGAAUGGCAGCAAAUCCAGUCCCGAUGACCCGCCCUCAUCCUCCGGCACCCUGAAGCACAGUAAACGCAGUAAGAGCAAAGACCGCUCAAAGUCGGAGCCUAAGAUGCGCACUGCCAUCUCCGGCUACUGGAGCUCAGACGACACGCUUGACCGGGAGGUGUGCCUCUACCACCAUCACCACGGGGGCAGCAGUGGAGGCCUGCCCUCCGGGGUCAUGACUAUGGGGCGCCACCCAGACAAAUCUCAGUCGCAGUACUUCAUGGAGUCCUACAACACCAUCAGCGCCCACUCUCUCAAAACGUCACGCAGCAACAACGAUGUGAAAUGCUCGACGUGCUCUGGGGGCAGCAGUGGAGGGCUGCCGUUGGUGGGCGCGCUGGACGGCCAGAUGCAGCUGAAGAAGAGCUCGUGGUCUUCAACGCUGACGGUGAGCAGAGCACGAGAGGUCUACCAGAAGGCCUCAGUCAACCUAGAUAAGGCUCUAGUGAAAGCCGAGCAGGGACGCACCUGCCACUUCCUACAGGUGCCUCAGGAUGACUGGAGCAGUUUCUCUCCACUGGGGAAGGACGAUGAGAUCCCGUGCCGGCGGAUGCGCAGCGGCAGCUACAUCAAGGCCAUGGCAGAAGAGGACAGCGGCGACUCGGACUGCAGCCCCAAACCCUCGCCCAAGGUCCAGGCACGGCGGGCGAGCUACCUGAAGGCCACACAGCCGUCCCUCACAGAGAUGACCACGCUGAAGAUUUCUACAGAGCACUCACCCAAGCUGCAGAUCCGGAGUCACAGCUAUCUGCGGGCGGUGAGUGAGGUUUCCAUCAAUAGGAGUCUGGACAGCUUGGACCCAGCAGGGCUCCUGGCCUCACCUAAAUUCCGCUCGCGAAACGAGAGCUACAUGAGAGCCAUGAGCACUAUCAGCCAGGUGAGCGAGGUGGAGGUGAACGGGCAGAUCGAGGCGGUGUGUGAGUCAGUGUUCAGUGAGAUGGAGUCGCAGGCGGUGGAUGCCCUGGACCUGCCCAUGCCCGGCUGCUUCCGCAUGCGGAGCCACAGCUACGUGCGUGCCAUAGAGAAAGGCUGCUCGCAGGAGGAGGCGGAGGGAGGCGUCGCAGUGGGCAACAGAAGGACCAACUCCCCCCCGCGCACCACCACCACUGUCAGAACCAUCCAGAGCAGCACAGUGUCAUCAUGCAUCACCACCUACAAGAAGACACCUCCCCCUGUCCCACCACGCACCACCCCAUCCAAACCCUUCAUAUCCAUCACAGCCCAAAGCAGCACAGAGUCUGCCCAGGACGCCUAUAUGGAUGGGGGCUCGGGCCAACGGACGGGCAUCAGCUCCCAGCCGGGCCUGUCCAACUCCACGGAGAGCAUCGACAGCAUGAAGGCCCUGACGGCAGCCAUCGAGGCGGCUAACGCUCAGGUGCAUGGCCCGGCCAGCCAGCAUGUCACAAACAGCACCAUCACCAUCACUGCCACCGCCACCACCUCCGCCGUCGCGCACGUCUCUGCAGACAGCAAGGCGCAGAGGGAAGCGCUCCGCAAGUGCCUCUCCAUAGGGAUCCAGGUGGACCCAGAGGAAGGAGGGCCCACAGAGGAGCAGUCCAAAUUCCAGUCGAUAGGAAUUCAGGUGGAGGAUGAGCGAUGUUACCGCAGGAUGACCCGCUCCAACAGCGUAACCACGGCUGUGCAGGCUGACCUCGACGACCCCACAGAUGUCCCAGAGCUGCCGCCGCGUCAUUGCGCCACCAUGCCGCGCCAACACUCCCGGGACGCUGCCACCUCCACCGUCAGCAUCCAAGGCUCGGGAAACCACUACCACGCUUGUGCCGGGGAUGACUACGGGGAGGUGGGCUUCGACCCGUCUAUCCUGCCCCCUCCGGACCCCUGGAUGGACAGCGUGGCCGAGCCGGAGGCGGAGGGUUCCGAGGCUGUCGGCCGAUCGGUGUGCCCCCGUGACGGCCGCUGGUUCCUCAAGUUGCUGCAGGCCGAGACAGAGCGCAUGGAAGGGUGGUGUAGGCAGAUGGAGCAAGAUGAGAUGGAGAAUGAGCUGCCUGAUGAGAUCAUGGGGAAGAUCCGCAGUGCAGUGGGGAGUGCCCAGCUGCUGAUGUCCCAGAAGUUCCAGCAGUUCCGGGAGCUGUGUGAGGAGAAUCUGAACCCAAAUGCACACCCACGGCCCAUCUCCCAGGACCUGGCAGGUUUCUGGGACAUGCUCCAGCUGUCAAUCGAGAACAUUAGCCUGAAGUUUGAUGAACUCCACCAACUCAAAGCCAACAACUGGAAACCUCUGACCCCCCCAGAAAUUCAGGAGAGAAGGAUGCCUCCUCCUGUGCCAAAGAAGCCCCAGAAGGGCCACCCUCCCCUGGCUAGGGACCGCUCGCUGGAGAGCUCUGAGCGCCAGCGUCUGGAGGCUCGCAAACGCCUGCUAGCUGCCAAACGUGCCGCGUCGGUUCGGCAGAGCUCUGCUACAGAGAGCGCAGACAGUAUCGAGAUCUAUAUCCCCGAGGCUCAGACCAGACUAUGAGACACACAGAUAUAUGUACCUACACACAUGCCCAAUACACCGUCCCCAUACACACAAUAGCACUGAAUGGUACGGCCAAGGUGCUAACAUUACAUAAUCAUAUGUUUUGCAGACUUCUCAGAUCACUGUGGGGUCAGUCACGAUGGAGGUUGUUUGAACAAGAAAUGUACAUUUACAGUAUUUAUUUAUUUAUUUAUCUGCCCCCCUUUCCUCAUUUCCUUUUCCCAGCUUUGAUGUAGCACUCCCUUUUUCCUCUGUACCAUCACCCGCCCCCUUCACUCCCAAAGAAGUCUCUUAUAAAUCCCUUUUUUAAGUGACCUGAUAUUACAAAAGUAAGCCUGGUGUAGCACAGCUGUAAUGCUUCACGUUAAUAUGUUUCAGGAGCUGAGAAUUACAGGAAAACUUGGAUGGAGCAUGCAUGGGCAUGUGGAGUGUGUGUUUGUAUAUACAUGCAAAUACACACAAACUUAUGAGAGAUGUACUCUGAGCAGAUCAGAUAAAAUACAUCAAAUCAAAUGGAUAUCAGACCUAUUAAAUCAUAUUUGAUAUAUUGAUUACGUUCAUAUUACUUUUAUAUUUUUACCAAAAUCCCAUGAUCUAAUUCUGAAAUAAAAAGAGGUUGAACAUUAGAACCGAAUGGUAUAAAAAGUAGACAGGGAAAUUAUAGUGUCAGUUAGUGACACAUUUUGCCAUCUGUCUGCAAAUAGGUCUUUUCAGUGGCAGGAGGAAAGGUCAAGAGUCAAGUCAGAUUUUGCUCCUCCUUGUGAGGCAAAGUGGCUUUUGUGCCAGGAGCGAAUUAUGAGACUACCUUUCACUGACAGAGUCGCUGUUUUAAAAUGCCACAAACCUAAUCUGUGUGUGUGAGUGAGAGUAAGUGUGUGUGUGUGUGUGUGUGUGUGUGUGUGUGUGUGUGUGUGUGUGUGUGUGUGUGUGUGUGUGUGUGUGUGUGUGUGUGUGUGUGUGUGUGUGUGUGUGUGUGUGUGUAAGUAAGUGUGUGCGUGCGUGCGUGCAUGUGUGCGUGGGUGUGUGUGCGCGCUCGUGUGCGUCUAUGUGUGUUUUGAUUCAGAUGUUCAUUUCAAGAAGUGCUUCCUAUUUUUCUGGGGCUGGACGGUCCCAGUUGUAACUGAUUAUUAAGGUAGCAGUAUCAACAACCUGUAAACACACCACCCAUCUUGUUUCAUUUGAAACUGAGCAAAACGUGUUUGUAUAAAGGACAUAUAAUAACAUGACAUGCAUGCUGACACAAGGUAACCGAUACUUUUGUCUUUUUUUUUUUUUUUUUAACAGGUUUAAUCCUUUCUCAUGUUGCAUUCAAGCUCUUCGGUGUUACAGACUAAGCUAAAAUACUGAUAUUUGGUACAAUACUGGUAGUUGUACUCUAUUUUAUUAUGUCAUUUUUAGACAAGAGAGGUUUAUUGACAGUAUUGAGACUAAUGGACUGAAAAGGGACUAUUUUCUCCUCACUGUGUGUGCACUAUCUCUGCCUCCAAAUGAAGCAAUUAUUUGAAGGUCAUACAAAAAAAAUCCAAUUUCUAAUAUUUUGUAUUCAUGUUUAAUUUAUUGAUUAGAAGAACAAUGACUGUUUAUUGACAUUGUGAUUAUUAUUAUGCACUGACAACAAGGCCCUUAUACUGUGUUUAUGUUUUAUGUUUGUUUAGCAUGACAGGCACCUUUUUUUGUCUUUUCUGUUUCAGUGAUCAGCCUUAAUUUCUAAUAUGAUAGUUGAGCACAACAGCAGUCUCAGGGGAAGAAGUGUGUCUGUGUGUGUGUGUGCGUGUGCGUGUGUGUGACUGAGGGAGGGAGGGAGAGAGUGAGUGUGACUGACUUCAUGUGACUGUAUGCGACCCAUGGCUUUGUCUCUCACUGUAUAUAACCCCAGUCACCAAGAUAGGCCAUGUUCUUAAAUAAAGGAACUAGUGUCCAUGCCAUCUUUUGAAUGAUGUUCCUGUUGGACAUCUCAGCCCUACUUACUUCAGUGAAACAAGGUAUUUUCUGUCUGCUGCUUGACUAUGGAGACAAUCCUGAGCUGGUUUACCAUCACAUACUUGUUUAGAUUACAGAAUAGGGUGUGUUAGUCCAAUUCUUUUUAUUGAUCUGACACUUUUGUGCCAUUGGACAACAAUAGGUAAAGCUAUAUUCCUGCUAUUUGUCCCUAUUGAACGCUACCUGAAGAUUUCAUUGAGAGGCGUUUGUUUGUGAAGGAACUCAAGUGAUGAAGUAAACCGUACAGUAUGAUUUGUAUUUCCUUUCGUUGGUCGAUAUAAAUUUUAGGGAAGGUGCAUAAAAGUAACAAUAGUUCAAACUUAAUGCCAUUUUAUGUAGAUGAAGCUAAUUUUAGAUUUUUUUUACUUUGGAACUUGUAUUUGAAUUAAACUGUCUGUCAAAUGAUUGACUUCUUAUUUAUGUUUAUUAUAUUAACAUAUCAAUAUAAUACUCCUGGUAUAGCAGGGAGUUAGAAACCAGAAUGUUGGAUUGUGGUAAAUUGCUAAACUCAAAAGACACUCCAGCAAUCCUGGCAAUUCUGAAGCUUGUGAUGUAGUUAUAUUAAGAGAAAAACAUUCAAAUAAACAUUUGUACAUAAAUGAAUGUUUCCCUAUGUAAAUGUAAGCUUAAAAAACCUGAUCAAAUAACAUAUUAAGCAGAUAUACAUUUUGUAAUUAAUGUUAUUACACUGUUGAUGUUAUGGCACGUGUAUGAGUUCUUAUCAGCAUUAAAAAAAUAUCAUUGCCAUAA